GAAUAACAAAAACUGAAACAAGAUUUGCAGGCGAACUGUCAAUGACUGAUGGCACAAGAUAAUGGCUUGAAUGAAACACAUUGAGGUUUGUUCAAAAUGUACAGUAUCAAAGAGGAGCAUAUUGAAAUUAUAGAGACACGAUCCAGCUUAGUCCAUUUAUGCAUGGGUUCCAUUUGAAGAAAAUGUAGAAGAGUAUGAAAGAAGAUUGUCAAUCCCUUGACCUAAGCUGACCUCACCGACCCCUGAUUGACUGCUCCAGCUUCCAUCAUGGUUCUCAAGAAUAUUGUAUCCAACAUUCUUAACAAGUACCUAGGCAAAUAUAUCAGUAAUCUGGAUGCCAAGAACCUGGAGUUCAGCAUCUUUAAUGGUGACCUUGAGCUGAAGGACCUUCAGUUGAAACCAGAGGCAUUGGCCUCUUUGGAUUUGCCGAUUGAAGUAAAAGCUGGAUAUGUGGGGUACAUAAAACUGGACAUUCCCUGGCUGAGCCUGUUCCAAAAAAGUAUCCUGGUGACCUUGAAUGAUGUAUAUGUGUUAGCGGGACCCAUAUCUGACCACCCAUAUGACCCAGAGAGAGAAGAGCGUCUUAACAAUGCCAUCAAACGACAAAAACUGGAGGCUCUGGAACAAUCGGCUAUCCUCAGUGUUGCUGAGAAGUCAGAAUCAGAAGACUUGGGUUUUGUUGAGAAACUUACAGCGAGCAUUAUCAAUAACCUACAGGUGUCUGUAGAAAACAUCCACAUCAGAUAUGAGGACACAGUGACGAAUGCUGACCACCCGUUUGCCUGUGGCAUCAUGCUGAAGAGGGUGUCUGCAUUCACAACCAACUCUAGCUGGGAAGAGGCCAAGGAGGAAAGUUCAGCUGUCAUGUUCCAUAAGAUGGUGAACUUAAAUGGCCUGUCUGUUUACUGGAACCCGUAUAUACCUGAGCAGCACUUACUGCGGUCCAGGCUCAACACUGACGGCUGGAGAAACUUAUUGAGGACUUCCAUCACCUCACACAGUAUAUUUGAAGAGGAUUUUGACUUCUUGAUAGAACCAGUCGAAGCGCAGGCUAAACUCAUUAUAAACAAGGAGAGUAACUACACACUACCAAAACUCUUUGUUGAUUUCACCCUCCAUGAGGUGGAAAUUUUACUCUUCAGACAGCAGUUUUUGAACUUGUUGAGCCUCCAAGAGUCAUUCCAGAUGAUGUCUGUGAACCAGCGCUACAGGAAGUACCACCCUAAUGUGCCCCUGAGGGUGAGCCCCAAAUCCUGGUGGCUGUAUGCCUACGAGGCAGUUGUGGAGGAGACAAUCAGACCGUACUCCUGGCAGAGGAUCAAAGAACAUAGAACAAGGUACAAAGAAUACAAGAAAACUUACAAACAGUGGCUGAAAAAUUCAUCUGAAGACCGCCUGAAGGCAAAACUGUGGAAAUUGGAGGAAGAAUUAGAUGUCACCAACAUUCUACUGGCCAGGGAACAUGCCAAAGUGGAGUACGCCAGCAGUAUGCCAGAUGUAGCUAGAGUCAAAGAGAAGUCAGGAGGUUGGUUCAAUUGGAUUUUUGGGUCUAAGGACGACGAGGAAGUGGAGGUCAAGUUGCCCUCUGAUGAUGAAGGUUUCCUUUCCCAGUUGAGUGAAGAAGAAAAGACUAAGUUAUUCAGACAGAUAGGCUAUGAUGCCCACAAUAUUAAUCUGACCUCAGAGCCCACAGAGUAUGUGGCCCACAAGUUACAGCUCAGCCUGAACAGUUGUUGUGUGUCUUUGGUUAACUACAGUAAGAAGAUUCUCCAGCUUUCUGUCACUCAUCUGCUGGCCACACUAGAAAAUAGGCCUGCUGCUAGUGGAUUCAGAAUCUCGACCAACACUGAGAGUUUUUCAGUCGAGGGUGCCUCCAUAGAGCAUGAACUUGUGCCUAUACUCACAUCUGAUGUGGGAGUCUAUGCCCCAGCUGUCAAUCAAGUGUUCACACUGGACUUUGAGAAGAACCCCCUCUUUGUGGAUGCUGACUUUUCCUUACGUUUAAAUAUACAGCCUGUUGAAAUUGUCUAUGAUGAGCAUUCUUUAUCAGAAGUGACAGCAUUUUUCCAAGUCCCGUACAACAAUCUUGAUGUGAAGGCUGCCGCUUUAGAAACCCUGGGUGAAGUAGCAGAGUAUAGCCGAGCUGGGCUACAGUACGCCAUAGAGCAACACAAAACAGUCCAUGUAGCAUUCCAUAUGAGGUCCCCAUACAUUGUCAUACCUGAACACGGAACUCUUCACAGAGGUGGCAGCGUGCUGGUCUGUGAUUUGGGAACUCUGAGGAUAGAGAGUGAACUGCAACCUAAAGAUGUCUCUCUUGAGGAUGCUACAAUGUCAGAGAUCGAGUCAAGGUUGUAUGACCAGUUCAAGGUCACCAUCACAGAUGUCAAAGUUCUCCUGGCAGAUUCAGGUGAUGAUUGGCACACUGCCCAGACCCAACCUGACUCGGAAUAUCACAUUCUGCCCAGUGUUGGCCUGACACUCACCUUCUUCAAUGCUGUUAAACAGGACUAUAAGGAGCUUCCACAACAAAAGUUGGUGGCAAACUUACCAACUUUGAAGCUGAACAUCUCUAAUCAGCGAGGUUUUGUGCUGCUGUCAUUUUUCCAUAACUUCCCUGUGCCAACCAGUGCGAGCAUGGUGACUAUAGGAGAGGACCUGGUGGAUGCACCCACAACACCUGUAGCCCCACCUGUCCUGAAUCUGGACAAUUGUCAAAACGAGCCAGAUGUGGCAUGUUUGAGGCGGAUCCGCCGCUCUGUGCUGCGCCGUCUCAUCUCUUCCACCUCCACAGACGUCACCCCCAGAGCCCGGGAUGUGGCCGACGCAGGGCUAUCUACCAGGGCUCUCAGAGGUUCCUCUGCAUAUUACUCUGCCUCCGAUAGAUCAGAUGAAAAUGUGGAUGAUUGGGCAAAUGUUUGGGAGAUAAAGGAGGUAGAUGACCACUCAUCCCCAUUUAACACCAGUAAAAUCCUGAUACGGGUGCAGGUGGGGGAGAUUGUGAUUCAGAUGGCACGUCAUGUGGACCCCUACCUCAUGUUUCGUCUGAACCGGGUCUGUUUGGAUGCUGCCGUCACAGUGUAUGGUCUGGUGGCUCAUGCUAGUCUGGGAGGACUCCAGCUCGUGGACAAGAUACACACCGGUUCUGCAGGAGAGUAUAUGGAGCUGCUGAGUUCUCAGUCAGACAGUGACCUGAUAUCAGUCACCUACAGGAAGGUAAAACAAGAAUGUCCUGAUUUUGAGGGAGUGUACAACAGUGUGGAGCAGACCAUCGCCAUCAGGUUCCAUGUGCUGGCUGUUACCUUUGACAGAGCGGCUGUUCUUUACCUUAUUACUUUUGUUCAGGAUAUGUUGAACAGCUUCCAUAACUUGGAGAUGAAGACUAGCACAAGCACUGUGACCUCUGUGCCUGAGGCCUCCGAGAAGGACAAACCCUCAUUAGUUGAGAGACUUGUAUCUGUGACAGAUGAGGUGGAUUCCUCCACCCCUCACAAUGUAACCAGUCUCAAGGUGGUGACCUACCUGAAUGACAUCAGCUUCCGACUGACCGAGACAGACAAGUGUCUGGCUGAGAUGCACGUUAAAGGUUUCGAGGGACUUUUCACGGUGAAGCCUAAGGCCAGCAUACUGCGGUGUCGUCUACAGGAGAUCUCAUUGGAUGACUGUGGAGAGGGUGCCAUAUUCCCCCAUAUUCUCCUGAUUGAGGAUGACAGUGUCUUUGAUCUUAAGUUUGUGAUGUAUAAGAAGUCCAAGUCACAUGGACUGGCCAAUACUCCUGUCCUGCCAGCACUGGACUACAACCUGCGCUUGCGGAUUGGAAAACUACAGUUCGUCUUUCUCAACAAAGUUCUCUGGGAUUUCACAAGGUUCUUUGACCCCUUCCUGAACCCAGAGGUCACAGAGGCCUAUAAAACGGCUGCCCUGGAGACAGUUCAGAAACAGAUGCAAGACCCGGUGGAGUCUAUUGAGAGUGAGAACAAGCGCAUUCAGCUAAUCGUGGAUAUCCGCACACCUACAGUACUUGUGCCUCAGAGCUCUCAGUCACCUGACCUGCUCAUGGUCAAACUGGGCGAUCUGAGCAUCAGGAACUACUUUGAGUGGGAGGAACUUGGUGGUGACCUCAAACAAGAAUGGAAUCAUUUCUACAUGAAUCUGGACUCUCUGCAUGCAUCAAGUGUGAACAUGUCCAUGACAGAUGACUCUCUGCAAGUCCGUCACAAUGUGCUGGAGCCAAUCAGCUUUAAGGCAGACACCAAGAAAGCCAUGCACCCAGUGGUAGCUGAUGUCUCAAUUGAUAUUGCUGCUCAUCUAGAAAUGAUUAAGAUUAACCUCAUGCCCAGUGAUGUCCGCCUGUUGAUGGGCAUUUGGGAAGAGAACCUCAAUGAAGGGGCCCCGCAGAGUUCUCCAGCUGGAGUUGUAGAAGCCCCAAAGGACAUAGUGGUUCCCUCUGGCAGUGUGGGUUCAGCCACACCUGUGGUGGAACAUCGGAUUGUUGUGACAACGGAGAAACCUGCCACUCCAGCUGUCAGUGUUGGGCUGACUUUACAAGGGAUGGCUGUCAUUCUCUAUGAUGAACACCAAGACCUUAAUCUGCCUGAUGAUGAGCCAUUUUCAAGCAAUACCUGGCUCUUGUCUAAAUUUGAGAUGCGGAAAAUGGAGGUUUCAGCCAAUCGACACGGAGAUGGAGCUAUGAUGGCAAAUUUUCAGCUGCAAACCAUUUCCAUGGAAGACAGUCGACCAAAUAGUGAAAUUGUUGUCAAAAAAAUAAUACAGCAGCUUCCGAAACGCUCCAACCAAUCAGGUGCCGGUGAUUCUGCCCCUGUAGUGGACAUCAUGUACAAAGUCACCAAUGAUGGAGUCACCAAAGUUGACUUUAAAGUAGAACAGUUUCGGUUGAACCUGAACAUACCAUACAUACAGCUUCUGACACAGUUCGUUAGUGAAGCCAUCCCACCAAAGACGGAAACAGAAGUGACACGUACUUUCCUGCGCAGCCUGUCGCACACAGAGGCUAACGAGGAAGAGACGGAGAGACAGGAGAACUUUGAGUCUUCCUUCACGCUGUACGGGAAGAUAAAGAAACCAGAGAUAGUCCUCUUUGCUGAACCAACUGUCAAAUACAGUCAAGUUUUGGUGCUACGGGCUGACAUAGACAUGGAAUACGGCAAUCAUGGUUGUGUGGAGCACCUGGCUGCUAAGCUGGAGGGCCUGGAGAUGAUAUCUUGUGUGUAUGGAAGAGGAGACCAAAGCUCAGCCAAGAUUAUACUACCAUGCAAUGUGGAAUUUAGCCGAGUGUUUAGACCAGAGAAAAAUAGGCUGGAGAUGAACGCUCUGCUGACCAAGUUUGACAUCCACCUAUCUGCACCAAUCAUAAGGCUUCUCCUGGAGGUGUUAACAGUACUACAGUGGCCAAAGGAACAGAGAACGCCUCCAGAGGGCAGCACUGAUGAGGAACAAUCUCAGGAAGAUCUCUGGAGAGUCAAACCAGUCACAUCUUCAAAAUGGCUCGAGAGAAUAGAUGAAGUUGACGAGCAACCUGUAUCACCCUUUGAACCGAUCAAAUCUCCUAUUGAGGUGUUCAAGUUAGACAUCACAGAGGUUAAUGUGUUCUUUGAGGUUCAGAACCUGGAUGCACAUGUCCCAAUCUUGUGCUUGAGAACGUCCCUUGAUACAGAGAUAAGAGAUUGGUCCAAAGAGGUUCAGAUAUCGGGUGAGUUUCACCUGGAGAUGUGUUUCUUUAACGAGUACCUAGGGGUGUGGGAACCUCUGAUAGAGCCGGUCAUGGAGAGUGAGAACAUUUACAGACCCUGGGAGGUCCUCAUUAAGAUUGUGAAAGCCAAGAGUCAUCCUAUCACAUGUAACUAUGAGGAGACGACCUUUGACCUCCAGGAUGGCAUGGAAAAUGAGGUGCAGUAUCUGAUGCACAAAUCUCGCGCUCAUUCCAGUAGCUCUGAGGCAGAGACAGACUCCUCCUCUGAGAUGACCGUCAUUCGUCACAGGAUUCCUUACAAGCAGCGACAUGGCAGUGACAGGAGCUAUGACUCCGUGAGUCACCACAGCAGUAUACAGGGCGAAUCGGACUCUGAACCCGAAGGCUUCAUUCACACUAUGACAAACAAGCUAGGUAGUAUAUUCUCCAGUGACAGCAGUGAUGCUGAUGUCAGUGAGACUGAUGACAACGAUGACACAUUUGACCCCGGGCUGGACAAGCCUGUAUUUAUGACCUCACAGGGGCCGGUUCAUGUACAUGCUGGUGGCAGUGGUCUUGACGAUGUGGAUGCUGCCCGAGACCGUGAGGAUGACACAUCCAGCAUGUGCACCUACAUCCUGGUACAGUCUCGUGACCAGAUGCAGUUCAACCUCACCCCACAGGCCAUCACAGUCAUCAGAGAUGUCUCUGAGGCACUUACUCAGCCUGCCUGCUGUGAACUGAUAAAGGACUUGGAUCUUCCAGCUCUGGAAAUUCAUAAUAAGCUGGGAGUCCACUGCAAUGUCACACUGCACCCAUUAGUCAAGUACCACCCCAAUCAUAUAACUGGGUGCACGGUGAGACGUCCUGGGCGUACACUGAGUCAUCCAUCACCAGAUGAGGAUGACAUUGUUAUAUUGGAUGAAGAGGAUGAUCUCGAUGGAAGUGAGGUUGAUGGGUUACGUUUCCUGGAUCGUGCCCUGGCUGACAUCGGUCACACACUAAUCAGUGCAGGGGCAUUUGUGUUUGAUGAUGAUGAUGACUACCUCGCUGGUGAUAAGAUGGACAAGGACAGGCUCAGAGUGGAGGUUAUUGGAUUCCAGACUCUACCCACCAUUCCAUUUAAAAAAGCCUGUCAUAGAUUACUGCCACUAACUCCCUCAAAGUCAGGAGACAUUAUGGAGCUGGAGAAUUCUUCUCGCUACAGUGCUGUGUUAGAUAUAGACAUGUCCCAUGGAAGGAAAGUUGUCUCUCUCUACUCACCUCUCCAGGUGGAGAAUAACCUGUUGAUGGCUAUGGACGUGUUCUGUAAGACCGAGGACCUGAAGAAGUAUCCUGCCCUGAAGAUGAAGCUGAAUAACGGAGAGUUCACGAAACUGGCCACAGUGGAGCCCAAUGACCUGUAUCACCUGCCCCUGAUGGCUGCCUACCACUGCCCCCUCUAUCUGGCUCCCACAGACCUAGGGUACCAGGUGACUUACAAUGCCAUUUGGUGGAAAGACCUAGUCCAAGCCAAAGAGAAGAGUAAAUACUUCACCUGUCUGGCAGAUGAGGGCGACAAGAAGUUCUUUAACAUCAAAGUGAUGUGUAAGGAAGGAGCUCGAACCAAUCCUGGUCAGGUUGUUCCAAAGACAGUCCCCUACUAUACAAUCAGCCUCUACCCUCCCGUUGUUCUCCACAAUUACCUCCCUUAUGACCUACAGUUUUCACUAGAGGGCACCUCAAGGUUAAGCAGCUUAACACAUGGGGAGCAGGCACCGCUCUAUACUGUAGAUGUACAGAAGGUUAACAAGCUCGCCAUACAGAUCUCUGAUUACCUGAACUGUGAUUGGUCAGGCAGUCUAGAUAUAUCCCAGGACAUGGACGAGUUCAAGGCCAUCACCAUGGAGACAGAAGCAGAUGCAGACACAACCAAUAAACAUCUGAGUUUGAGUAUCCAUGCCAACCAGGCUCAGUCUCUUGACCUGUACAUAUACUCUCCUUACUGGAUCAUCAAUAAAACAGAACUUCCCAUCCAUCUCAGAGGUUCCAGCUCAGAAGCUGUUGUAGAGUGUAGCACUAUGGCCUAUCCUCUGUUGUUCAGAUACAAGAAACACAGGAGGAAAAAGGCCAAGCUACGCGUGUAUGACUCGCGCUGGUCACACUCCUUCUCUCUGGACACGGUGGGAACGUCUGGUGUGGUCAUCUGUCAGGAUAAGGAGAGAAACAGAAAGUACCAGUUCAUGUUACAGAUGCAGAUGUCUAAGUUGAAACUGACCAAGAUUGUAACCAUCACCCCGUACUUCCUCGUGGUCAACCAGUCAUCUCACCGACUGCGCUUCAUGGAGGAGAAUGAACUGGCUGACCUCUGGUUUGACCUCACCCCUGGUGCAUGUUUACCCUUCUGGCCAGUGACUGAAUCAUUCAACAUGUAUGUGAAGUAUGAACACAGUGUGGUCAGUUCCCAGCACUUCCCCAUCAAAACUCCUCACAACACAGUCCUGCGUAUGCAACAGGGGACAGCCAUUUGUGUGGAGGUGGCUGGAGGAGUGGAGACACCAGUGACCAUCACAUUUACUAAUUACUACCAUGGAGAUGCUCCAGUCAGAGUGGAGAAUCUCUGUGAGGAUGUCUUCAUCAAAAUACACCAAAAGAACCAGAGUCAGGUAACCCCUUCUCUCUCGCCCAACCAGUCUGUGUUAUAUACCUAUAACCCUAGCUCUGAGAGGACUUUGAUGUGGAAUGUCUAUGGCAGGAAAGCAGUCUGAUUACCAGCAUUCAUUACUAAGGUAUCUAUGGAGGAUGUUGUAAUGUUCAUACAGACAUUAAAAUCCACGGGCAUGACAACUGAUGUCACAGAUGGUGAUGCCCUGGGUGAUAGCAGCCCGGAAGACUACAGUGAUGACCCCGAUGGGCCCCUCCUCUCCGGGGGCAACUUUUUGAGGAAAAUGAGGACAGAUAAAGUCGUCAUUCAUUGGAUAAGCUACCUAGAUGGCCAGCAACGAGUGAUGCUGUUCACACAGGAUGAGAGAAUUGCCCGAUAUGCACGCCUGAAUCAUGUGCAGGGACUUGAUAUCCCACAUGAGAGAGGCCGUGCCAAGGUGAGCCAGGCUGAGCAGGCUAAUCUGGCUGUGUUUGUGUCUCUGGAGGGCUUGAGCUUGUCCCUCAUCAACAGCCAGUACGAGGAGGUGGCCUAUGCCAGCAUGAUGAGCUCCCCGUCUGUCUGGGAGGUGGAGGUGAAUGGCAGGUGGAAGCUUCUCAGCGGGGAGUUGGCAGCUUGGCUGGAGGACAAGUGGAAGAACGACAAACUUCAGGCUAAUCUACAGGAUCAGAUUGAGGCUGAUCUGAUCAAGAUGACAAUGAAGAAGCCGUUCAUGGGAGCGCUGAAGAGAACCAAACAUUCAGGACUGUGGUUUCAGUACAGAACUUCAGAACAUCAUACUGCCAUUCAUGCCAAAGUUCACAGAGUCCAGGUUGACAACCAGUUGUCUGAUGCCUAUUUCCCGACGGUCCUGUACCCUUCCCCCACCCCUAGGUUUGUGGUGAAGAAGUCAGGGUUCAAACCCUUCAUAGAGCUUGGCAUCAUGAGGAGGACAGUAGCAGAGAAUAACAUAGACACAUUCAGGUAUUUCAAAGUGUUAGUGCAGGAGUUCAACAUUCGUCUGGACAAGGGCUUCCUAGUCUCUGUAUUUGACACCAUCUCAACACUACAGGUGGAGGAAGAAGAGAGUCAGCAACUACAGUCUGACCUGAGAGUGGCCCAGAGGACCUUGCAGGAAGUGGCUGAUGUCUUGGUUUCAACAAGGCCACAUCGAACAUAUUACGAAUACCUCCAUUUGUCUCCAUUCAAAUUACACAUCAGCCUGUCUCUGAGUGGAACACCUCACGUUGCGAAUAAGAAACCUUCCUCCAUAUCUGGAGACAUUGUCGACUUCUUCCUCAAUUCCAUAGGUGUCACGUUCACGGAAAUAAAGGCUGUUGAAAUGAGGAUGGCGUUCUUUGAGCGCCGUGGUGCGAUGCUGUCCACAAAACAGUUACUGUCUCAGGUGCAGUCGCAUUACACACAUCAGGCUAUACAGCAGGUCUAUGUGCUCAUCUUCGGCUUGGAUGUCCUGGGUAACCCCUAUGGUCUUAUCAAGGACUUCACACAAGGGCUGGGAGAUCUCUUCUAUGAACCCUUCCUGGGCUCUGUUCAGGGAUCUGAUGAGUUUGCCGACAGCCUAGUCAGAGGGGUUCACAGCCUACUUGGUAACACCAUAGGUGGUGCUGCUGGUAGUGUGGCUCUGAUCACUGGCUCUCUGGGGAGAGCUCUGGCUGUCAUGUCAUUUGACAGUGACUACAGAAAGAAACGUCAGCUGCGUAUGCAGCAACAGCCUCGUAACAUCCCUGCCAGCCUGAUGCUGGCCACUAAGAGCUUUGUGCUGGGAGUGGGGCUGGGCUUAUCUGGUGUUGUCCUGAACCCAUGGAGAGGUGCCCAGGAGGAUGGUGUGGAAGGCUUCUUCAAGGGUGUGGGUAAAGGUAUCCUGGGUCUGCUGACCAAACCGGCUGGGGGAGUGAUUGACAUGGUUAGCAUGGGAUUUGAUGGACUUCGCAGAGCUGUGGAGAUGGAUGAGGGAAUUGUUGUCAGGAUGAGGCUGCCCAGAUUCAUCAAUCCUUACAUGGGAUUGAAACCCUACUCCCCAUACCAGGCAGCUGGAUUUCGUCUGUUACAGAGCGUACAGAAGGGUCAGUUUGCUCACACAGACAUCUACUGGGCUCAUGCUGCACUCAGCAAAGAUGAACGGGCAGAUAUUGUUCUCAUCACUGACCACCACAUUUUCCUGUUGGAGAAGUGUCGUCUCUGGGGAGACUGGGAUGUGGAGUGGCAGGUGGCAAUAGACAACCUCUUGGGUGUGCCAGCAGUGACGGAUGGCAAGCUUGUGCUCAGGAUCAGAAAGGAUGACUCCCACAACGUGAACUUGUUCUCUGCUGACCAACAAGAGAUUUCCAGCCCGGAUCAUGAACUGCUGGAGUGGCUUCAGCAGAAGAUAGACAAACUCAACAAGUUUCGUCAGCAGUAAUGUCACAUUUGCUACAUGAUGUGCAAUUCAUCAGAUAUAUGUCUUGCAGAGUUUUAAUCUUGGUCCCUUUCAGAACUGAUGUGCAACUAGGUCACUUGUAUGUAUAGGACUUGUGUACAGCAUAGAGCUGAUGUAUAAAGGUUUCACUAGGACUUGUGUCCAGCAUAGAGCUGAUGUAUAACGGUUUCACUAGGACUUGUGUCCAGCAUAGAGCUGAUGUAUAACGGUUUCACUAAGACUUGUGUACAGCAUAGAGCUGAUGUAUAACGGUUUCACUAGGACUUGUGUCCAGCAUAGAGCUGAUGUAUAACGGUUUCAUUAGGACUUGUGUCCAGCAAAGAGCUGAUGUAUAACGGUUUCACUAAGACUUGUGUCCAGCAUAGAGCUGAUGUAUAACGGUUUCACUAGGACUUGUGUCCAGCAUAGAGCUGAUGUAUAACGGUUUCAGUAAUAGUGCUUAUGUUCGACAUACAGUGGAGCUCAUAUGUAACCAGGUCACUUGAAGAACUCAAGUUUCUCUCGGUUGCUAGUAGACCUUACAUAUAGGUGUAAGUGGGUCACUUAUAGAGUCUACAUGUAAAUGCAAUUAGGUCAGAUUUUAUGUGUGAUUAGUUAUAAUUCAAACUCACUUGUACAUCAUUAUAUGCAUAUACAUGUACAUUGUACAGAAGUUAAUUGUAUGUAAAUCAAAUGAGAAAAUGUUGAUCCCUGUGUGAUCAAAAUCAUAUGUUAAACUAAUGUGUAAGUAGGUUCUUUCUGUUGCUAAUGUGUAAUCUGGUCAGAUAUAAGAUGGGUACUUUAAAAAGCUGUGUGAAAUGCCCAUGGAUGUGAUAGCAUGAGCUUUUUUUGACUUGGUCAGCCCAUGUGUACCCUGAGGUGUUUGUGAGAUCAACUGUAAGUUUUGUGUGUUCCGUUUGUGUUGGCAGUAUAAGCAGGUUAGUCAUUUGGUUACAGCAGAAACUAAUGACUAACUUUAUAGUCAAAGUUUAUGUGUUUGGUGUGUAGGCUGAUGGGUAACUCAGAUGCUUCCAAAGCUACAUGUACUGAUUAUAAACUUCGUCAGCUGCAAAGUGUGUUCUGUCCAUGUCAGGAGUAUAAACAGGUCGUUAACAUGUACAUAUAGUUACCAUCUUGGUUAGCUCCAAAGUUUCUGUGUAUCUUAUACAGCUGUAGAAGUUGACUUUGUCUCAUCCCCUUUGUAUAUUUAGUGUACUCUGUAAUGGGUCAGGUUCAUGAACGUGUAUAUAUCAGUGGAUAAUUAGCUCUGAAAGUUAAUUGGUAACUGGAUCAACUGCUGCAAGUAAAUCUGUGUGAUGUAUAUUGGCCGAUGCACCCACUACCCUCUCACCAGUGCGGUCUGUGAGCUCAAGUCCAGCUCAUGCUGGCUUCCUCUCCAGUCGUAGGUGAAAAGGCCCUCCGGCAACCUCUGGAUGGUUGUGGGUUUCUGCUGGGCUCUGCCCAAAUUCCUCUCACCAUAAUGCUGGCGGUCGUUGUAUAAGUGAAAUAUUCUUGAUUACAGCGUAAAACACCAAUUAAAUAAAUAUAUUGGCCGACUCGCUGUACAAUGAUGAUGCUAAUGUCCCUGUGUGAAAUGUAGUCAUUGUUGGAGGAUUUCUACCAUGUAAGAUUACACAUAUGAUAGCUUCUUUUACCUAUGUAAGAGUUUUUCUUUUAUAUAGUUGAAUAACUAAGCUUUUGUGAAGAUAACUUUAGGUUUAAAAGUUUUCUUCACAUACAAUCUAGUCAAGUUGAUUAUUCGGUAUUUUAGAGUUGUAUCAUUGGCCUGUGUAUAACAUCUUGCUACCUACAUUAUGCUAUAACCAAAUUUUAUGUCAUGAAAACAUAUACCUCUGUUUACAUUCUACUUUUGCGGGGUCAUUAAAUGGGGAAGGAUAGACAGAAAUCCUAUUGCCUCUCAUAAAUGGUAGUAAUAAUUUCAAUUAUCUCUGUAUGUCAACUUUAAUACUUUGAAAUGAUGCCCUAAGUGCAUCUGUAUGAAAUGAGUGGCUCAUGACUUGAGCUUACAUUGCAUAUCAAAAUCACAUUUCCCCGUGUGAUUCUAACCAUUUUUAACUCUUAACUAUCUAGAUUACACAUCUAUUACACUGACUUAAUGUUACGGUGUUUUUUUUUUUUCGUUUUUUUUUUGUAUGUGACUACAUAUUGUGAUACAUCUCUGACUGAAAUACCAAUCUCUGUUAUGGAAUAUAGGGCCAGUACCUACCAAGCUGUCUGUGUUAGCACAUGAUGAAUUAUGUGUGGAGAGUUGUUAAUGUUAGAUAUCUGUGUUAAAUCUUGUUACUGGUAACAUUGAAGAGCAAAUGUGCAAGGUGUUAUGUAGUAGGAAGUAGGGGGCUUGAAACAACACUAGACCAUUGGUACAACCACAUACUAUUGUUGCAUGAACAAAAUAUUUUUUCUUGUAAUGGACAUUUGACUUGUUUUGUCAUCAAUGUCUCUGUACAUAUGUAUGUAUGUAUGUAUGUGUACAUGUAUGUUUUACUUAACUUUGUAAGUUUCCAAUUUAUGAGCAAGUAGUUUGUUAGCGAAAGCUUUUUUUUUCUCAAAACUUUUUAGCUUUAACUGUACAUGUAAGUGUGAGGUGAUCCUUUAUGCUGUUCACCUUUUGGGGUAAUUAUAAUAUUGUCACUCAACUUCUAAUAUCAUUUGGCAACAAAAGAACAUUGUACUCAGCUUUUGCCUUACUUGUUGUUAUUGUAAUAUCAUUUUGGGGUGAGAAAAUAUUAAAUAUUAUGUUAUGGGAAUGAAUGAAAAAUUUAUACUUUCUAAUCAUUUCUACUAGAGGAGAAAUGAAACAGUACUUAUAACACAUGGAAUGCCAUAAAUGUCUACAACCAUAAUUUAUAGAAUUUAUAUGGCAUAAUUUUCCUGCUUGGCCAUUACUGAAGUUAUUUUUUUUUACUUCUAUGUUCUCAAUUAAUGUUCAUGCUUGUGUGCAAUACUCCUAAAUAAGGUGCGGGAACUCCUUUUGUGAAAUUAACAAAUCCUGAAAUUAUGGCAUAAAGUUAAUAACAAGUUAUUUAAUUAGUUAAUUUCAGCUCCUUUUGAUCUAUACAACAAUUUCCAGCAAUGACAAAAGAGCACAUUCCUAACUCAUUUAUUCAUUUAUUUAAUUAUUUUAUUCAUGAUUAUUUGAUGCCUAAAAUUAUUCGACAAACCAUUAUGGUAGAUUUGAUAUUUGAUUCCAGGCAGUUUUUCUUGCAGAAACACCCUACAGACUUUAGCCUUAUACCAUCAACAGUGAAGACUUUUAUCAGAUAGUAAUUAAGAUGAUAUUCACCUGACAACAUAAUUUUUAAUUUUUAAUUUUAAGGUGUUGCUCCUUCAAUACUUGAAUCAAUUAUCUAUUUUCAAAGAAGCUGCUUGUCAACUUCUAUUUAUUUUGCUGAUGUAAAAUUGUUAUUAUGUGUAUAUAUAUGGUUGUAAACAUUGUAUAUAAAGUUUAAAAGACUCGCAUACAUGUAUCAUGGCAUUGCUACUAUACAUAUCAGCAGAUUCCAGUUCCCAAUUUUUCCUCCAUGUGUAUCAACAAACAAUAAUAUGUGUCACACAAAGUUCUGUAGAGUGUCUCUGGGGAACUCCUAUAUUUUACAUAUAUAUGUACUUGUGGCAUUAAAUUAUCAGCCAGUUAGAGUUCCUAAUGUGCAACAAUGCUGUUCAGCUUUUUUCUUGUUGAUUUUGUUUGUUUUGUCCCUUUUGUUAACCCAUGAAUGUACAAUCUACGAGUGAGCAUGUGGCAUAGGGUAGUGAUAUGGCAUUAUCGUUGCAUGAUAUGACUUUACAUCAUGCAUGAUAUAGUUUUAUUACCUUAUUAAGAUUCAAACUUUUUUAAUUAUUAAAUUGCACUCUUUAUAAUGGCAUUUUAUGAACGUUUUCACAUUAUUUUAAGAUCUCUUAAAUCUAUUUAGAAACUCUGAAUUAACCAAUCAAACUCAACAAGUCUUCACAUUUUUCUGACUUCCUGUUUUUUUUUUUUGUUUAUUAUACUUAUUAGAAAGUCUGAACUACAUUUACCAUUGAAGAAGCUUUCUACUCGAAGCAGACUAAACACUUGAAUACAAUAAAUCACGUAUAAUGUCAUAGAUUUUUCACCCUCACCCUACUAUAGUAAGUUAGUGAAAGUGUAAUGUGAAAUUUUAUGUGAUCCAGUAAAUCACAUAACUUCACAUGAUUUUUACAAUCUAAUUACCCAUUUACUACAGUUCAUUCGCCAGGGCAAUCAUUUGCUCACUGAAAAAUUUCACGAAAUUAGGGACAAUUUACUGUAGUAUAGAUGACAGUAGAACUGUUGCUUGUCAUUAUAUGUAUCUACACGUAGUUCUGGCCAGUUUAAACUUCAUUCCUUAAUAAAUAGGAAUGUACAUAUCUUAACAUACAUACGGCACAUGCAUGGAUUCAAUCUCCUGUAACUAACCUAUAUACACAGUUUCAUUUGUCCAGUUUACCUACAGAAAUUGUUGUACAUAUAUGAAUAAAAAUGUUUACAAUUGAUGUGAGCAAGCAAGUAUUAUUAUGCACCUAUAUACACUGUAUGAUGGAAUAUUUGAAGGAAAAACAUGCUCUACUCGGUUAUGAAAAGUUUCGUUUCUGCGAUUAGAAAAAAUAGUUUAUUUCCAGAGAUAUUAUCCAUAUUUUUGCUUGUAUGGUAUUAAUGUGCGUGUCCCCAUGUCAGUGUUGUGGAGUAUACCAUGCCUUGUUAUAUUAAACCACAUGCUGGAGCCAGUGUCACGUGUAAACACCAAGUCAAACCAUGUUAGCUGAGAGUAUGGACUUGGACUUCCGUGAGAGUGGCGCCAGUCGUUAUACCCAAAUGCUCCCUCGUAACCUGUGAUUUAUCUUUUCUUGUGUACAUUCCAGUGGUCAAUAAAAUGAAAU